GUUCGCUAUAGCUGCGGUAACGUACGAGGCCCAAUCCAAAGCAAUCGCUCUCUCAUUCUGAGGAUAGGACUUAAGAAAUCGAUGGACCCGUUUGAAGUGGCAUUUGAGGAUGUUGAAGAUUUGUCACCUGAUUCACCCACUGAUGAUCCUGUUCACGUUGAGAAUCAAUUUCUCACACCCACUAACUCAUUAACAUCCCCAGCCCUGGCAGCGUCAACUGGGACUAAUGCAUCCACGGGCAACAAUGAAGAUGAGGAUGAAGAGGAAGAGGAGGAUAAUGUGGACGUCAACAUCAGAAAUAUUGCAUUCAGGAGGGACCCCAAUAAAUUAGCCAAGACACGGGCUAUGCUAUCACAGUUCACAGAGGCACAAACGGAAAGGUAUGAGUCCUUUCGGAGAUCUCGAUUUAAAAAAGCUGACAUGAAAAAGUUGUUACUGAGCAUCACAGGGAUGAAGACAAUUUCUGAGCCAAUGAUAGUUGCAGUUUCAGCGACGGCAAAAAUGUUUGUUGGUGAUAUUGUUGAGACUGCUAGAAUGGUUAUGUCCGAGAGGAAGGAUUCAGGUCCUAUUCGACCUUGUCACAUCAGAGAAGCGUAUAGAAGACUAAAGCUCGAAGGCAAAGUACCAAGGAGAUCAGUGCCAAGGCUCUUCCAGUAGAUGGAGCCAGCCACCUGGGCUUUAUUCUCACAUUUGUGAUGAAGUACAUCAACUAUAUGUUGCUUAAGAAAGUCCAGAUUUUCGGUCUCUGAGCUUGCGGACAUCUCCCCUUCCAGUAGAUACUAGUGUAUAAAGUUGAAAUCACAGCUCAAAUCUCUUGUAGUGGUUUAGGAUUGUGGUUAUGAGCAAUGACAACGAGGAUUAUGAUUUCUGACUCCUGUCAUUGUUCAUCUGAAGUUUUUAGUAAAAUUGGCAAAUAUGAUAUUCUGCCCUUUUCAUUGUCACAGAUAAAUCCAGGCUCUUGAUACUUCUGAGCAGUUUUCUACACUUCCCUUACA